AUGACGGUCUUUCUUGUCCGUGAUAGCGGCAAUACAUUACACAAGUUAGCCUUAAAUUUUGAAUCCAGGGAACAAAAAUCUUUUAAAGAUUUUUUUUUAAAAACAUACAAAAUGGCACAGAGCAGAAUAUACAAAGAAUUAUAUAAUUUAAAGAGAGAUCCAAUAGAAUUUUGUAGUGCCGGCCCUAUUGGAGAUGAUCCUUUUCUUUGGCAAGGCAUAAUUAUGGGGCCGCCUGAUACACCAUAUUUUGGUGGUGUAUUUUUCCUUAUGAUUCGAUUUCCGACAAAUUAUCCAAUUGGACCGCCUAAUAUAACUUUCACAACUAAAGUUUACCAUCCAAACAUUAAUGAUAAUGGUUUCAUAUGUUUAAACAUUUUGAGUAAGGAAUGGAGUCCUGCUCUUACAAUCGAUAAAGUACUUUUAUCUAUUUGCGCAUUUUUGAGUAGUCCCGAUGUAGAUGAUCCACUUGUGCCUGAAAUCGCCGAAGUGUAUAAGACCAGCAAAGCCUUCUAUGAGGAGACUGUUCAAGAAUGGACACGCGCAUAUGCUAAGGCGUAUCCAUAUAGUCAGGUUACUUUUUCUGGGAAGAAACUUAUUAUUUCAAGAAAGAAACCCCUCUUUUCUUCUAGUGCACAUUAUCCUCGCUUUGAAAAGAGAAAACCAGCGAGCAUAUCUAUACAGCUAAGUUCUUUUUCUGGGAAGAAACUUAUUAGUUCAAGAAAGAAACCCCCCUUUUCUUCUAGUGCAUAUUAUCCUCGCUUUGAAAAGAGAAAACCGGCGAGUCACCAAUCUAUUCUUUUUACAAUUACAACCUGGGUUCCUCAAUUCGUUGAACUGUUGACCACCAGGAAGGAUUUGUAA